AUGGCCAGAGAAUGUUUCAGAAAGGCCCAAGGAUUCAAGGGCCCAGUUGCGUCUAGCCCAUUGAAACAGAGCCACAAGGAAAAGUCAGUCUCUUGCACGAUCAGCGGGGUGACCGAUCUUACGUGCCUCGAGUCCGUGCCCGCCCACGACGACGCCACCGACGCCGUCGCCGCCGACUGCGGGGUUGUCUACUCCGCCUCCGCCAACGGCUGCGUUAAGGCCUGGGAGAUCGGCAAGGCCGGGCCUGCCGGCACUGGUGCACACUCUCUCUUGACCAUCCGCGUCCCGCGCGCGCCCAACGGCGUCUCAUGGAACGCCGGCGCCGCGGGGCGGCGCGUGUGGGCAGCCGGCUCGGACGUGCACCUCCUUGGGUGGGACCUGUACGGUCGCAAGUGGAGCCUCGCGUUCGACGUGAAGGCGUACGCCAUGGCCGUGCUGUUCCUGUGCGUGGCGGGCGACCUGGUGUGCACCGGCUCCGCCGACAAGACCAUCGGCCGUGGCGCCAUCGGAGGUCACGAGGGCCCCAAUAAAUGCAUCCAGGCCUCCCUGUGCAGGGCCAGCAAUGGCUAUAUGGUGUACAGCAGCGGGCUUGACAAGAGCAUGAGAGUUUGGUGGGUGCCGAAUGGGGCCAACGGCGACGAGCGGACGAUGAAGAAGUGCGUGAUUGCACUGCGUGACUUGUUGACUAUCGUAGAGUGGAGGAUUUGA